CCUCUUCCUCCUGCACUUGUCAACGGGACACAGAUCGCGCAUUACCUCACAGUUGUAUCCACAGACGCUGCGUAAACCUGUCCCACAGACUAGACACAUCUUUAAACUCACAUUUUGAUUCGUAUCAUCAUUAGAUGUCACAAUGUUGCCUUUCAGGAGAACUUUUGAGAGCGAGAAACAGCAUCUGCAGCAGCUGAACAGCAGACUGGCCCAGUAUCUGUGCAGGACCAAGCAGCUGGAGCAGGAAAACGCGCAUCUGGUGGCCGAGAUCAACAAACUGAGGCAGAGGAGGACGACGGCGGGGUUGGAGCCGAAGUACAAGGCUGAGAUGCGGGAUCUGAGGAGGAUGGUGGAUCAGCUGUCCGUGGAGAAGUCCCAGGCGGAGGUGGAGAGGGAGAAGCUGUGGAGGGAGCUGCAGAUGAUCCAGUGCCUGUGCAGCGAGCAGACGGAUGUGUGCACGGACAUCAAUGGAGAGCUGCAGGGAUGUGCGAAGGAGCUUCAGGUCGCUCACAGGACCAACACUGAACUCCAGCAGCGUCUCCUGCAACUGGAGAGCGAGUAUGGAGCCAUGGAGGACGCACACAGGCAGGAGAUGGAGCGCGCCAGGCGUCAGGUGGAGUCCCGAGUGGUGCCCAUCAUUACGCAAACUUACUGCGGACCUGCGGUAGUCCCCGCGGAAGAGCUGCAGGAGUACGCCCUGGGUCUCUCCGAGGGCUGGGUGCAGACCUUUGAAUUGUACCAGCAGAAGGUGGUGGAGAUGGAGCAGGCGAUGAAAGCGGACCAGGCCAUGCUGAGUGACCUGCAGAGGGAGAAGAUGCAAUACGCAGUACAGAUGGACAAUUUACGCAAGGAAGCGGAAAAACAAGGUCGCCUCCAGAUGCGCCUUGAAGAUGAGCUCAUAAACAUGCAGGAGACAUUCCGCGUGGACUUGAGCAAUUAUCAGAUGAUUGUCGAGCAGCUGGAACAGGAAAGGAACCUGAUGGCCAACACUAUAGCAGAGAAGACACAGGAGCAUCAGCACCUUCUGAAAGUUAAGAUGGAUCUGGGCAUGGAGGUCGCCGCCUACAGGGCUCUCCUGGAGGGUGAGAGAGUGAGUCUGGAAGAUGCUCAUAGAAGGGUGAAUCAGCAUCAGAGAGAAAGAAUAAUAGAUAUCAAGAAGCCUGCCCAACCCUACACACCAAGAGCUUCCAUGUUAACUACGAGACAACAUACGGAUGUCCGGUAUACCCAACCAACGCCAAGCUUGACGAGAUCCCCCAUAGUUUCCUCUGGGUCCAGAAGUCCCUCUAAGGUCAUUCCUAUUUCAGUUGCAGACAGAGCUCGUUAUCAAAGCCCGGCAUCCAGAAGAGAUAUGAUAUCAUUCAGCAAAGCUCGGGCUGCCGCUUCUGCCCCUGUAUCUACCACCACUGCUGCUUCUGCCAAAGAUGAGCAAACACGCAAACAUGAAAUCCACAUGAGUCCCAGUGUGCAGAAAACAUCAGAAGAGAGAACUGUGAAAAUCAAACAGGUCUCUAGGGAAGAGAGCCAAAUAAGUCCCAUCAAGUCUCCCACUGCCGAGACCAAAUCAGUGAGGGUACUGUCACCAAUGAUGAGCCUGAGCACUGACAUUGAAACAGAAAGCCAAAGGGAACUGUUAGAUGAAAUGGAAAGAGACCAUGGUUAUGGCGUUAAGUUUGAAGACGAAUGGGAAACAGAGUCUACAAGUGAACAGAAGAUUUUAGACUCUGUGUCUGUAGAGGAGAUCAUCGAGAAAGUGAUCAGACCAGCAGGUUUGGAAGCUCGGGUGUGUUCACCAGGAGAAUCCAAGGUCAAGUAUCAUGUGGAGAAAACUGAAGAGGAGAAUGGCACGACUAAAACACAGAUUGUGUUGGAGUCCAAGGUGGAGGAGGAAGUGGAUUUUGGUGAGGACUCUGCCCUGGAUAAACUUCUGAGUCAAGGUGCGAAGAAGAUGUCACUGGAGGACAUUGAGGAUACAGCAGCAGGAAGUAUGAUCAAGAAUCUGUUCAGUGACCUGCAGGGAGCAGAGAUUCUGCAAAACAAGUCUGUCAAUGUGCAAAUCAUUGAGGAACCAGUGGACUCUCGCAGUAAAUAUGAGGUUGAAGUUGAAGAGAUGUACAGAUCUACCCAGGAACCAGUGGACUCUCACAGUAAAUAUGAGGUUGAAGUCAAAGAGAUGUCCAGAUCUACCCAGGAACCAGUUGACUCUCACAGUAAAUAUGAGGUUGAAGUCGAAGAGAUGUCCAGAUCUACCCAGAAACCAGUAGACUCUCACAGUAAAUAUAAGGUUGAAGUCGAAGAGAUGUCCAGAUCUACCCAGGAACCAGGGAACUCUCACAGUAAAUAUGAGGGUGAAGUCGAAGAGAUGUCCAGAUCUACCCAGGAACCAGUGGACUCUCACAGUAAAUAUAAGGUUGAAGUCGAAGAGAUGUCCAGAUCUACCCAGGAACCAGGUGACUCUCACAGUAAAUAUGAGGGUGUAGUCAAAGAGAUGUCCAGAUCUACCUAUCAUCAGCCCUCCUCAACAUACUUUCAAAUCGAGGAGCUAGAAAACGUCCCUUAUGAUACUCACAUGCAGUUGCAUGACGUGACAAAAUCCUUCACAACAGAUGCAGAUACUUCUAGGGAUGAAUCUGUUCAUGUUGAAGACAUCUCUAGACAGAGUGAUUCUCCAUACUUCUCCCAUGAUCAAGAGUCGCAUGAGUAUUUUGUCUCCACACCAGAUGAUAAUCUUUCCGAGUCCGAGGAGGGUGGUGGCAUAACCUCAUAUGGCCAUUAUGGCAUGGUAGAUGACCUUUCAGACGAGAAGUAUUAUCAAGAUGGAAAUAUUCCACUAAACACAGCAAUUAAAAAGAGAGGUGAUGAAUAUAAGUUCUUGUCAGAUCUCAAAGAUGGUUUUCCAGAGUGCAUCAUUGAAGAAGAGAUCUGUGUUUCCCCUGUAGUGCAGGAGUCGAUGCUUGAGUUCCUGAGAGAGGACUCAUUAGAGCCCAAAGAGCAGCUGAAGGGAGCUUUAGAGAAACUUCAAAGCUCAGUUUCAGGCCCUCUGAAGGAGGAGUUGGCCUUUCUCACUAAAAUUAGUCGCGAAAGUCCUGAGAAUAUGGCAGUUAACGUCACAAAAGUACAGCAGUCAAGUGACAAUGGAACUAUGACUAUAGUUGCAGAACUAAAUGUCUCUCAAACCCUGGAAGACUCUGGGCUGCUGGAGGCAGAGGAUGAUCUUUCUGAAGAGCAGAUCAUGGCAGCUCUCAGAUCCUCUAACCAUGAGUUUGAGAAAGCCUUCCAUGUUGGGGCAGGGGGAGGGUACAGCUUCAGCAUUGACAAAACAGAAGAUAUUGCUCAUGGUGAAGAGUAUGAAGGCUUCACAGACCAAGGAGAAUCCGCGUCAGAAAUCACUGAGAGACAUAUCAAAUUCCGGCCAUCCGAGAAGUCCUUCGACUUCCAGAUGGGCAGCCAUUCAGGUGUGUCAUCACAGCAAGAGCUGCUGUCCGAAAUCUCAGAGAGCCCAGAGAAGACUUCUCAAGAAAAAAGAGUUGCCACAAUUUACCUGGACAGCCCAAAUGACUAAGAAAGAAUUCAGCCAGAAAUAUUUUUGGAUGUCUUUACUUGCUUGCAUAUCAAUUCCACAAGUAUUGGCGCUUUUCCACUUCCCAAUCCUGGCUCGACUUGGCAUGGCAUGGGGUGACUCGGCACGUUUUUUUUAUUGCUUUUCCAUUAGUGAUAGUACCUGUUACUUCUUUUUGGUACCUGCUCUUGCGAGGUUCCAAGCGAGCUGAGCCGAUACUAUGUGACGUCCACAGACUGAGUCAUGAGCGCAAGGGGCUACACUAGAAUCAAGCCGUGCUAGUACCACGUAGUGGUGAAGCGCCAUAUGUAUGAAGCUUAAAGCCCCAGUGCAUAUCUUCUGACUGCCUAAGGAAUCUUAAUUACCAAAACACUGCCAGUGCUUCUACCCCCACACCUCUGCCACCCAGUUGCGCUUAUCCCUUCAAACUGCCCAACAUCCAGAUGUGUUUUUCUGCUGUAUAGAGUCCACUUCUGAAACUUCUCAUUGGCACUUCUUGGCAUUUUCAGCCACUCUCCAGGUGUCUUUUUUUAUAGCAAUUUAUUUUUUGUUGUGGUCAGCCUUGCCUUCGUCCAGCCACUUCCUGCGUGCAGCAUGGGAAUGUGGGACAUGAGAACAAAACACUGCUAUACUGAGAAAUACGAAUAGGAAGUCACAUGAUGCUGAUGGGCUUAAAAUUACGCACUACAUCUUUAAGGCUUAUGCUGGCCCUGAAAUAAUAUUUUUUCCCCCCAAAAUUUAUAUCUAAUUGAUAUUUGAUAUACUGAUUGUUACUAAGAGUGUUUUACCUUAAUCUGGUGCCCGAAACAGCAUGUCAUGAUUCAAACAAUUAUGGCUUUCAGUGAAAUGUUUGAGGUUACAUAUAUAUAUAUUUUAUGGUAUUUGUUUCAACACAAUAAAACAGUAUAUUUUCUAGCUUUAGUUAGACAUUUUGUAGCAAUGUUUAAAGUGGUUAACUGUAAUGCGCUGUUAAGCUUACAGCUUGUUUAUUUUCCAACAGUUUCUGUUUAUUUACUCUAGAUGUCUCUAUUUUUGUACUAACCUGUGCUGUUAGACUGUACUAGACAGUUUUGCAGUUUCCAGCCCAACUAUUACAUCAUGGAGUCUUCUUGGUCAACACUUGCAGACCAACAGUCGCUGGUGGCAGUUAUGAGGUGCUGUGCACCACAAUUUGACCUUGUUGGGCCUUUUGUUUCUAUUUUAUCUUGGGCACUGCUACCAAGUGGAAUUAUGUUUGUUUUACUGCAACAUUAUUUUUAUCAGGAGUAAAAGGAGUGUGUACUGAAGUAGCUGACAGCAUGAGAGCGAAGAGAAGAUGAGCCAAACAGAAAGUUAGAAAUUCUGAGGUCGCGGCGUAGUGCAAGUAAAUGUGGAACUUAAAAAGGGUUAAAUAACUCACAAACAAAAAGCUAUUAUUUAUAUUUACUCACAAAAGUUGUGUAUUAUAGAUGGCUACAUGAUUAGUUUUCCCCUCAAAAAAUGUAUAUUACUAAAUAAAUUGUAAUAUACUGGGGAAUAACAUUCAGUGAGUUGUGAAUUCAAAAUGGUGGACGACACAAUUUAGAAAUGGAAAUGCAAAUAGUAAGUGAAUGUGAAGAAGCAGCAGGGUUACAAUGAGUUAAGGAUGUCGCGUAUGUGUAGUAAAAGUCAAAUGUAUUCAUCGGACGGUUUUCUUUAUGCAUGUUUUGUCUGAAUGUCUUUUGCGUGUCCACACAUAUGUUUGUUGUCACAGUGCUGGCUCGAGGGAUUCACCUUUACUCUGACAUGGCAGAGUCUUGACGACAGUGACUAUUUUAGGAUCAUCAGCUUAGUGGAACCGAGUGUUCACCAGAGUUUGUUUUGUUGUGUACAACUUGCAGAGGCAGAAAAAAAGUCCACUAGGUUCGUCUUCAUGGCUGCAUUCAUGUAUUCACAGAUUGUCUUUCGCUUACUGGAUUGUUAAAAAAUAUACAUAAAUGCAUUGUUUAGUGUGAAUCUCAUGCUUUCAUAAAUAUAUUCAUUGCAAGACAUCGACAUUUAAAAAGAUUUGUUGCCUUUGAAUUUUCAGAAUCAGCAAAUUUCCACACAAAAAUAUGACACUAAUACAUUGAUACAUGGAGUUAAAUGAAUACCAUGUGCCAUUUCAUAGAAUCAGCAAGAGAAAAUCUAAUUGUGACCAAUGUUUUAAUGAGUCAGUGUUGAGCGAAUGUUAGCAUCCAUGGAUUAUGCAACAUUUUCACUGCUUUCACAUUAUUGCUUAAGUUUAAAUUGGUUCAACCCCAUAUCUGGAAAAUGAUUCAUGUUAAUAUGAAAUUAAAACCUUGUGUGGGUAUGAUA